AUGGUCCAAUAUUUAUUAUCUGAAAACGAUCCUAAAUCAACUGGUUUGGAAGCACCUUACAUCAAAUUGUAUACUUCCCCAACUCCAAAUGGCUUCAAAAUUACCAUUCUACUGGAAUUGCUAGGUCUGGACUAUUUUGUCCGUCCAAUUGACAUCUUCAAGGCAGAAUGCAAGGAAGAGUGGUAUCUAAAGUUUAAUCCCAAUGGAAGAAUUCCAUCUUUGACUCACGUUGACGAAAAGGGCGAAGUAACUCAUGUUAAUGAAUCUGGUGCGAUCCUUAUAUACCUUGCUGACAAAUUCGAUAAGGAAAACAAAUAUUCAUAUGCUCAUGGAACAAGAGAAUAUUAUGAGAUGAUUGAAUGGCUUAUGUUCCAAAUGGCCGGCGUAGGACCAAUGAAGGGCCAGUACCAUUGGUUCAAGUAUUAUGCUCCACAGAAGGAUGAAUUUGCUAUAGACAGAUAUUACAAGGAAACACUAAGACUAUUCGGCGUUUUGGAGGAAAGGCUAGAGCGUAACAAGACAGGUUUCUUAGUUGGUGAUCAUUUGUCAAUUGCAGAUAUUGCAACCUAUCCAUGGAUCGACGGUACAAAAAAACUACCAGAACUGGAAAAUUUCCCAAGGUUAAGUCAAUGGGUUGAGAAUAUUGCAAAGAUCCCAGAGGUCAAAGCGGCUCUUCAAAUCCCUCCUAGAAAGGACAACUAA